AUGAUAGGUUCUAGUUGCGAGCAGUAUAUAAAGGGUGACAUAUUUUGUAUUUAUCAGUCAAAAAGCAGAUACUACACUGGUAACAUCAGAGUAGUAGACAAGGUAUGUAGCACUUUGUGCAUUGGGCGAUUUCAAGCAAAUGUAGCGUUCUUUAGUAAAAGCAGGAUGAAGUUGAUUCACUUAGUGCUGCUUUUUGGUUUCGUCGCCGUUCUCUUCGCAGAACAAAAAACAACAGUUCAAGAGGAAGAUUCUAGCGAUGAUGCAUUCGAUUUAGAAGACCCCUCAGAAAACAAAAACAAGGAUGAUGCAACAAAUGAAGAUAAAAUCCCUGCUGAAGAGGACGAAGAAGAAGAAGAUGAGAUAGAAGAAGAAGGUGCUGAUCCUGGAGAAAAUAAUGACGAAGGCGAAAUAGAAGAAGACGAAUCAGACCCAGCUGAAAAUGAUGACGAUAGUGUUGAUAUAAGUGACAGCGCUGUUGAAAACAACGAUGCUGUGGAAAAAGGAAAAUCUGAUCCAGCUGCUUGGUUCGGACGCCGACGCAGGAGAUCUGCUCGUCGAAGAAGACGAUAUUACCGUCGACGUAUUGUCUAUCGAAGAAGAUAUUACCGUCGACGUAUUGUCUAUCGAAGAAGAUAUUACCGCCGACGCACUGUUUUUCGUCGACGAAGAACCUUUUUCCGUCGACGCCAUUUCGGUUAAGAUAAAAAGAGAACAAUGAUACUGGGAAUUAUUUUUGUAACAAUAAGAAACAAGAAAUUUUUGUAACUCAUCUUUGCGGGAAAAACGUUUAGUUUUUAACA